AUGGGGGUUGACAUCCACCAUAACAAGGACCAAAAGGUUCGUUGCAAGGAGCCCAAGAGCGAGGAUGUCUAUCAAAGGCUGCUGGUCAAGCUGAACAGGUUUCUGGCCAGACCAAGCACCUCCAUUUUCAGUCAAGUUGUACCGAAGAGAUUGUUUGUGAACUGCACCAGCCGUCCACCUUGGUCCCUUUUCCAGAUGAUAGAGAAGAUGCAGUUUCCAGGCUGGACAGGCAAAACAGCUGUGGUCGUGGGGGCUGUAAUCGAUGGAGAUGGCGGCAAGAAAGGGGGCGGUCCUGCGGGGGGUGCUGGGCUGCGGCAGCGGGAGCUAACUGUGGGCACCGGAUCCAGGAGGGGAGGAGGUGGCGGAUGGCGGGGUGCCCCUCCCCUUAAACCCUUUUCCGAGCUUAUUAAGCGCCUCGGGCCGCGGCGAUCGAUGGCCACUGGGCGCCGGCUGCAGUAUCCCUCCCGGCCUCGGGCCGCGCAUGCGCGCGGUUGUCGGAUUGAUCGCGACAGCCUCGGAUCUAUUGCUCUCCGGCCCCGCCCCUCCUCGGCCCGCGUUGCCAGGCAACCGCGGAUCGGCGAGCUCCCAUUGGCCGGCGGCGCGCCGGGGUCCCGGGCGACGCGUGGUCAGUUGGUCAGCGUGGCCGGGGGCCUGGCUCCGGGCGCGGGUCGAUGCCGCCUCCCAUCUGACCUUUCCCGGCUUGGGGAGGGGGAUGCAGGCGGGAAGGGGGCCAAGGGAGGAUGGAGCAACCGGCCGGUCUUGGAAAAAAGUUUAUUGACCCGUGUGUUAUCUCGGGGACGCACGUCUUCCUGA